AUGCAGCCAUUAGAGGACAGAUAUUACUUAUGCAACCUUUGCCCACUGCCAGCAAAGCAUACAGCCUCCUUUUGCAAGAAGAGAAGCAGCGGCAAGUUGCUUCCACCCCCCAACAAUACAACCAGCAACGAGAGCAUGGCAAUGCUCAGUAUACACACUAAGAAAGGCAAUACCAGCAAGCAAGGCUUUCAACAGCGGCCUUCAUCAUCCAAUAUCGGCCCAUCCUUUCAACCUCGUGGAAAUCCUAGAGAGCCAAAACAAUGCACUUAUUGCAAUGGUCACAAGUGGCACGGCAAGGAGGUGGUACCCAAAAUUGAUGACAACGGUCGCCCUUCCCAAAACCGCUCAUCUCAUGGGAGCAACCGACAACAUACCAAUGUGCAUAACGUUCAGAGUCCAGAUGCACAGUUUCUUCACCUACAGACCAUAGCUCCUCAUCUCACACUCGAGCAAUGUCAGCAAAUUCUUGGUACUGUUGGUAAGGAGGAAGUUUCCCAAUCCCAAGCGAAUUUUGCAGAUAGUGGUGCCACAGACCAUAUCACCAAUUCUCAUGCACUCCUAACUGAAAGUUCACCCACACAUCUUCCACCAGUAGGAUUACCCACAGGGGAAAAAGCACCCAUCACAUCUAUAGGCACUGUUAACUUUGAUGAUAUUUUUCGUCUUACCGAUGUCUUAUGCGUCCCCUCUUUCAAUGACUUGCGCACGAAGAAGAUGAUUGGGUUGGGUAAGAGGCAUGGAAACCUGUACUAUUUCGAUCCACAACGCCUUGCUCCGCAGCUCCAUUCUUCCUCCACAUAUCAUGUGUCUGCUUCACACAACCUCUGGCAUCUCCAAUUAGGACACCCUUCCAAUGCCAAACUUCGCUCUUUGUCUAAACAUUUUUCUGAUAUUUCACUUCCUACGCAUAUUUGUGAUUUUUGUCCUUUGGCCAAACAAACUAGGCUACCUUUCCCUUCCAGUUCAAUAAAAAGUAUUGCACCUUUUGAUUUAAUUCACUGUGACAUCUGGGGUCCACAUAAGAUUGUUUCUCACUCUGGUGCUCGAUAUUUUUUAACUAUUGUUGAUGAUUUCUCUCGUACCACAUGGAUUUAUUUGAUGAAACUGAAAUCUGAAACACAAAAUCUGCUCAAAUCUUUUUUUUCCUUUGUGUCCACACAAUUUAAUAAACAAAUCAAAGCUAUCCGUGUGGACAAUGGCGCAGAGUUUUCCUCGCUUCAAAAUUUCUUUGCAGAUCUUGGUGUUCUCUAUCAACACACUUGUACUUACACACCCCAGCAAAACGGUGUUGUCGAACGCAAACACCGACAUCUCUUGGAAAUGGCUCGUGCCCUACGCUUUCAUGCACACCUCCCUUCCAAAUUCUGGGGGGAGUGUGUUCUCACCGCAACUUAUCUCAUUAACCGCUUACCUACUGCCAUUUUGACCGAUAAAACCCCUUACGAACUCCUUUUUGGUCAUCCACCACCAUAUCGUCACCUUCGCGUCUUUGGUUGUCUAUGUUACGCCACUAACCUUCAACCUACCAAUAAAUUUGAUUCACGAGCUCGCAAAUGCAUCUUCGUUGGCUAUCCUUUUGGGCAAAAGGCCUAUCGUCUUUAUGACCUUGACACUAAAAAAUUCUUCAGCAGCCGCGAUGUUAUUUUUUAUGAAAAUAUUUUUCCUUUUGCUGCUCCACACACAACCACCAUCCCCAUCCUCCCUACGUCCCCUUCCACUUUCAGCCCACAUACGGGCUCUCAUAUGCCUCUUUCCUGGCCCACUCCACUUUCUGCCCAUAAUGAGCCACCCAUACCCACACAACCUUCUGACCCACUUAUUCCACCUUCUCUAGAUAAUGAGCCACCCAUACCCACACACCCUUCUGACCCACCUAUUCCACCUUUUGACCCACCUAUUCCACAUUCUCUAGAUAACCCACACACCACCCCAAAAGAUCUCACCGACCCUUCUUUUUCUCAAUCCCCUCACGACACCACACUUCCUUCACCAUCCUUCCCUAUCACGACUCAUGCUCAAAAUAGUCCCACUAUGCCCUCUUCUCCUACUUCAUUGCCGUCAUCUCUUUCUUCCCCACCUCCUCUUCGUCGCUCUCACCGUAUUCCUCAACCUUCCAUCCUUCUACGUGACUUUCACUGCAAUGCUACCAUGCCGCCUUCCCCUGCUCAGUCUUCUUCUUCCCCCACACCAGGUAAAGGUUCCAAGUAUCCAUUGUCCAAUUUUCUCUCUUAUGAUCACUUGUCUUCUACUCAUCGCACCUUUGUUGCAGCAAUCUCCAAAAUCAUAGAGCCCACUACCUAUGCCCAGGCUUCCAUUGACCCUCUUUGGUGCAAUGCCAUGGCACAAGAACUCCAGGCACUUGAGCAAAAUCACACAUGGUCUCUUACCUCUUUACCUGCAGGAAAACACCCCAUUGGCUGCAAAUGGGUCUAUAAGGUGAAAUAUCACUCUAACGGCUCUGUCGAACGCUACAAAGCGCGACUUGUCGCCAAAGGCUACACUCAACAGGAAGGUCUCGACUAUACCGAGACCUUUUCUCCCCACUGCCAAGCUGGUUACAUUCCGAUGUCUUCUUGCUCUUGCCGCCGUCCGUAA